GCCGCACGCCUAUAUGUCACAUGUCAAACUUUGAGGUUAUGUUACAUUUUACAUUUCAUAGAAGAAAAUGGCAAAUCCUGCACAAAUAAAGCGACAAGCCCCUAAUAUAUUAGUCACAGGCACUCCAGGUGUUGGAAAAUCAACAUUGUGUCAAAAACUGAGUGAAAUCACCGGUUUACAAUGGUUGGAAAUAUCGAAAAUCGCGAAAGACAAUAACUGUCUUGAAGAAUACGAUGAAGUUUACCAGUGUCCAAUUUUGGACGAAGACAAGCUUUUAGACGGUCUGGAAGAAGUGAUGUGUAAAGGUGGAAAUAUAGUUGAUUAUCACAGUUGUGAUUUUUUUCCGGAACGAUGGUUUGAUGUUGUUUUUGUGUUGCGUACUGAUAAUACAACUUUAUAUGAUAGACUUGUUAGUAGGGGAUACACCGGCAAAAAAUUAGAAGAUAAUAUUGAUUGCGAGAUUUUCCAAGUGUUAUUAGAUGAGGCUAAAGCGUCCUACAAUGUUAACAUAGUUCAUGAGCUAAAUAACGUGACACCUCAAGAAUUAGAAGACAAUGUAAAUAGGAUAUGUUUGUGGCUCCAACAAUGGUUUCAAGACAACCAACAAUAAAUUUUUCAAGUUA